AUGCCUUGUUUCAAAGGGCUCGCGGUGAGCAUACACACGCCAAAUGGACCGAUUCCGGAGUAUUCGGUGCAAAAGGCCUCCCGCCUGUCCAGGAUCAGCGCAUACAUCCCCGUGCCACCGGCCAAGAUUCCCGAUGACUCGACGACGGGCAAACCAGAACAAUCUACCUUUGCGAUCUCGAUAACGCUCCUCAUGCCCGGCCAGGAAGUUCCCUAUUCCACCCCCAAAGCCACCCCCGAUCAUCCGAACCCAAAACCAAAGUUCGUGGGUGGUUUGCCUGGCCACACUGGCGAGCGUGGAAGCUACUCUAGCCCGGUCGUGCCUUAUGUUCCUCUCACCACCUCACCGAACGAGACCAUUGCUGCCUACAUCUACUUCGAUGGCCGGGCAAAGGAGGAGGUCGCCACACUGCUUCGAAAGGGCGAGGAAACAUGGGUUAACAGUCGGUGGGUCAGCGUGCCAGAGAAAGAGGGCGGGGGCCUUGCCGAGCGAGAAUUCUUGUUCCGGGAGGUAGGUCUCGAACGGUGGCUCAAUGGUUUGGAUCUCGACGGGAAGGAUGCGGCUGCGACCAUUGAGCGACGAAGACAGAAGUUGGAAAAGAAGAUGGAGAAGCGGAGACGCAAGAGGAAAGAUGUCACCGGUAGCGACGAUGAGGCCAAUGGAAGAUUCACAGGAUCCCGACGAAAGAGUACACUCCGAUACGGUGAAAAUGGCGAACUGCAAGACGUGUCGGAUGAUGAAGGCUCCCUGAGCGACAGCGCAUCAUCCGACGACGACGACGACGAUCCUAUCCCAGAAGCAGCGGGCCAAAUCAAAGUCGCACUCUUCCGAGUAUUGGCAUCGGGAGAGAUCAAGCGGGGAGAAUACUCUCCACAAUUCGAUGCACAUGAUGACUCUGAAGAGUCCGGAACUGAAGCAGCACCAAACGGAGAAGGCAAAAGUCGGGCCGAUGUUGACCACACCACAAGUUUCGCGAAGCCGAAGACGUUAGAUCCCAAAACAAUUUCGACACAGACCGUCACCGGUAUCGAUCCUACCGACAAACCAUACGCCGUCUUCACAUUCCUGUAUCGAGGUGAACGCCAACUACAGAAGAUGGGUAUCCUUCCAACUCCAAAAUCAGACAAAACGCCGUCAAGUGCGAAGAGACGUAGUAUUGCGGUUGAACUGCCCAAGUUGGGUCCUCUCAAGAAAGAGGGUGUUGCUGGAUUCUCAGGAUUCCGAGAUGCUGAGACGCGACGGACCCGAAAAGGCAAACGAGGUAGUGACGACGAGAUGGAUAGCGAUAGUGAGGACGACAGUGGCAUCAUUGGCAAGAUGGAAGACAUCAAUGAAGCUGAAGUCAAGCGCGAGCCCGGGCUGCUCGCCCCGGAAGAUGCCGAGCGCACAGGGCAGGUUGCCGAGGGAAUCCGCAAGAUGAAACUCAAGAGGCAGCACUCUGCGGAGCCGUUGAACAGUAACGGCGUAGCGGAAGCCCGUAAGAGCUCCAAAUCCGGCAGUCCCUCAACGGCGUCAACUCCUAAAAUGGGGACCGACGAGCUGGGCACCUCCCCUGGCACAUCCAACUUCGUCAACGGGGUAGCACAGAGCCUAAAGUCAGAAGAUGAAAGUUUCAUGGUGGGAAGUCCGAUGAAGAGACAACGAGCCAGUGUCGCAGAAUUCGACGGUGAUAUUAAGGGUCGACUCAUGGGAGGGGUCCCAGCAUCUGCAGCUACCAUUGGCGAAGCGCUUGGUUCUGCUGGCGCGCCCCAGGCCGCGAGCGACGCCUCCAAUCCGUCCGGUUUGCAAUUCGGCGGUGCGUUGCAGAAGUCAUCGGCCACGGACGACGACGAAGAGUUGUAA